CCGUAGAAAAGAGCCCGGUAUGAAUCAGUGAGAUUGUUUCCUGUUUUUCACUUUAAACUAACAGAGUUUCUGUGGUAGGCUUUGGACGACAUGCCGGCAAUACUGAGCUCUAGACCUCAGACAGGUCUUUCUUUCCUGGCACCAGAACCAGAGGAUCUUGAGGACCUUUACAGCAGAUACAAGAAGCUUCAGCAGGAGCUGGAGUUCCUGGAAGUGCAGGAGGAGUACAUAAAAGAUGAACAGAAGAACCUGAAGAAAGAAUUCCUCCAUGCCCAGGAGGAGGUGAAGAGGAUACAGAGCAUCCCACUCGUCAUUGGCCAGUUUCUGGAAGCUGUUGACCAGAACACCGCCAUCGUUGGCUCCACUACAGGGUCCAACUACUAUGUGCGCAUCCUGAGCACCAUCGACAGAGAGCUGCUGAAACCCAACGCUUCAGUUGCCUUGCACAAGCACAGCAACGCCCUGGUAGAUGUGCUCCCUCCUGAAGCUGACAGCAGCAUCAUGAUGCUGACGUCAGACCAAAAACCAGAUGUGAUGUAUGCUGACAUUGGUGGUAUGGACAUCCAGAAGCAGGAAGUCAGAGAAGCAGUGGAACUGCCACUUACACACUUUGAGCUCUACAAACAGAUUGGCAUUGACCCACCCAGGGGUGUCCUUAUGUACGGACCUCCAGGAUGUGGUAAGACCAUGUUGGCCAAGGCUGUGGCACACCACACUACAGCUGCUUUCAUCCGUGUGGUGGGCUCUGAGUUUGUUCAGAAGUAUUUGGGUGAAGGCCCUCGUAUGGUGCGUGAUGUCUUCCGGCUGGCGAAGGAAAAUGCACCUGCCAUAAUUUUCAUUGAUGAGAUUGAUGCUAUCGCCACCAAGCGUUUUGAUGCACAGACUGGAGCUGACAGGGAAGUGCAGAGAAUCUUACUUGAGCUGCUUAAUCAAAUGGACGGCUUUGACCAGAAUGUCAAUGUCAAGGUGAUCAUGGCCACCAACAGAGCAGACACACUGGACCCGGCCCUGCUCCGUCCUGGUCGUUUGGACAGAAAGAUUGAGUUCCCCCUGCCCGACCGCAGGCAGAAACGUCUCAUUUUCUCCACCAUUACCAGUAAAAUGAACCUCUCCGAGGAGGUGGACCUGGAGGACUAUGUGGCCAGACCAGACAAGAUCUCUGGGGCUGAUAUAAACUCCAUCUGCCAGGAGGCUGGCAUGUUGGCAGUGCGGGAGAACAGGUAUAUCGUCCUGGCCAAAGACUUCGAGAAGGCUUACAAGACUGUCAUCAAAAAGGAUGAGCAGGAGCACGAGUUCUACAAGUAGAGACAAAAUACAUUGAGAGAAAAAGGUGUCCAGACACACAAGUUUGUUAUUGAUUUACGUCUCCGUGUCUGUAUCUACAGUGUGUCUUUUGUGGAUUUUCAGUCCCUGACCUGCAUUGAUUUUUGGACUAAAUUUACUGCAGCACACAAGGUCUAAUGUCAGAUAAGCCCUCUGUCUCCAGCCUUGAGAAGACACACUACCAUGUGAUGGAGUGUUUUUUGUACAGGCACUCUUCUGGUUCCUUAAAAAUAUCUGGCCCUGACCGUAGCUAGGAUAGAACAUUUGUAUCUAUAUGUACUCACUUAACAGGACAUUACUUAUAAAAAAUCCAUUAAAGUUUUCCAUAAAAAAAGGAAAAUGGUGGUCAUUGUUUUUCUCCCUUGAAAUAUGUUUUUUAAUAGAAGAUACUCAAUUAUAAAACUAACUGCUGAGUUGUUCUUGUUAUCUUUAUUGUUGGAUUAAUUGAUACUAAUUAACUGACAGAAAAUCAAUUGGCACCUAAUGUGAUCACUUAGUUAAACAUUUAAGUAAAUUUUUUAAGCAAAACGGACAAAAAUUCACUGGUUCAAGUUUGUCUAAUGUGAAUAUUGGCUGUUUUUCUCAAGCUUCUAUGAUGUUAAACUAAAAUGUGUUUUGAAUUGAAAUGUUAUGGACCAAAUGAUUAAGAAAAAGAAUAAUCAACAGAUUCAUUGAAAAAGAAAAUCAUUAGUAGCAGACCUAAUUGUGAUUAAAU